GCGAAAUUCAAGCGUGGUAAGGCGGUGGGGAAUUCAACGUCUUAGUAUUUUAGGGGAAACCUUUGCCAAAACUCCCUGGCGCUGAGCAUGUCGAAGUUUUUAGACGAUCUCAGCCAGCGGCUGGACUUCUCUAGCUGUGGGGAGGAGGGCAGCUGCAGUGACAACAGCUCCGAUGAUUGCACCUUCAGGUUCCAAAGUCCUAGGAUUCGAAGUCCCAGGAUUCAAAGUCCUAGAAUCCGCAUCCCCAGGAUCUGCAGCCCCAAGAUCGGCAGUCCCCGGAUCGGCAGUCCCAGCUCUACGUGCCGGAAGCCCAAGGUGCAACGCCACCGCAGCAGAAACGACACAAUAUGUUCCCCUUCGCAGUGUACUAGCCCCAUACCUUAUGCUUCCUGGAGGAAACUGAGGCUGUGUGACUCUCCCAGCACACCCAAAAGCUUACUAUCUAAGUCGUCCCAGCCUUGCUCCAGUACUAAGAUAUGUCGCCCUCUUAGGACCCUGCGUUUUGCCUCAUCUACUGCCGCUAACCACAUCAAAGCACCCCUGGUCAAUGUUAAUCCUUUCACCCCCGACACAGUCCGCAGGAACAGCGAGCCGCAGUGGAGGAACUGCGGUAGAAGUGAUGACGAUUAUGGACGCAGGAUUAAACACAGCCUAACGUCAUCUGAGGAGGAUGAUGAAGCCUUCCUCCCACCUAAGGCCCUCCGUCUGUUUAUCUGGCAGAGGCGAGCUGUCCAAGCCUUUAUGCUGUCACGCUAUGAGAGUGAGUUCCUGGAGCUGGAGUGCAUUGGUGUGGGCGAGUUUGGAGCAGUUUACAAGUGUGUGAAGAGGCUGGAUGGUUGUUUGUACGCCAUAAAAUGCUCUCGCCGACCCCUGGCAGGCUCUACCAAUGAGCAGUUGGCCUUAAAGGAAGUGUAUGCACAUGCUGUUCUUGGGCACCACCCACAUGUUGUUCGCUAUUAUUCAGCAUGGGCAGAAGAAGAUCACAUGAUUAUUCAGAAUGAAUACUGCAACGGUGGAAGUCUCAGUGAUGCCAUUGUGUCGAAGGAAGAGCAGGGUGAGCUUUUUACAGAGGAUGAGUUGAAGGAUCUGCUCUUACAAGUGUCCAUGGGGUUAAAGUACAUCCACAGCUCAGGCCUCGUGCACCUCGACAUCAAACCAAGUAAUAUAUUCAUUUGCCAGCGUCCCAGCACAAGUGCAUCAGGUGAAGGGGAGAGUGAGGAGGAAGAUUACCAAAACGCUUCAGGUGGAGUCGUCUACAAAAUUGGGGAUCUGGGUAAUGUGAACUCAACCAACAGUCCUCAAGUUGAGGAAGGGGACAGCCGCUUUCUGGCCAGUGAGGUCCUUCAAGAGGAUUACAGCCACCUGCCCAAGGCGGACAUUUUUGCUCUUGGCCUCACCAUUUUGCUGGCAGCCGGUGCUCCUCCACUCCCUCAAAAUGGAACCGACUGGCACAGACUUAGAAACGGAGAGCUUCCGAAACUGCCAAAGGAGCCAUCUGCUCCCUUCAGAGGCCUAAUUCAGUUGUUGCUGGAUCCAGACCUGUCAAAGCGGCCAUCUGCCAAGGAGCUGUGCAAGCACCCAUUCCUGAGAGAGGGGAGGACGGGAAAGGUGGCCGCUCGGCUACGCCAAGAGCUCAAUGUAGAGAAGUUCAGGACAGCCAUGCUUGAAAGAGAGCUCCAGGAGGCUCGUCAGGCUGUAUUGUCCCCCAAGCAGAACCUCCCUCCAGGGUUGAAACUCGCUGUAAAGGUGGGGCUCCCACCCAGAGCACAGAGGCUUAUUGGCGGGAACGCGCCACGAUCCAUCAGCUUUGGCUGCACAGGUUAUUGAAUCUAAUGGAAGGCCCACAUGCCAGUCCGAAAUUAGUCACUUUCAGCAACCAGGCUGUUGUAAAAGGAAACCAUGUCUCUCGGAUAAGGCAGGGUGACCCUCUCCCCAAACAGCAAAGACUUUAUUGAGACUAAUAUAAAUAAGUGGAUGGACAGUUUUAACUCACAUCUGGAUAUCAUUGGUUUUAAAGGACUAAUCAGACUGACUUAAACACUUCACAAAGUGAUUUUCUGGCAGUUGAAUUUUAAUUGGUGCAAUGUACUUUCUUUAGAACUGUAAAUAAACAUUUAAAUCUUUUAUCA